CAAUACUUAAAUUUGCACACCUUCUUUUAAAAUGCUGCAUGGAAAUGAACGACGGAACUCCCGCAAGUUCCGCCCUAUUUAUUCGCGCCCUGUUCCGCUUUGCACACCGCAAUACAGAGUUGACACCCGCCUCACCCUGUCACCAGCUGGCCAGCAAUCAGCAGCCGUCGCUCGCAAGCGCAAGCAAGGGAGUGUCAUCUACUCUCUCCAGAACGAAACAGGAGCCAAGCGCCCGAGUCUUACGCCCCGCGUGUCUUCCUCCUUCACCCCGCCUCCUCAGUUUAAAAUGUACAAGUCGCACCAGUUCACGUUGGGCAACAACAUGCGGUGGCUCGCGCAUAGUGGCACCGCCCUUGGCCAGAAGUGCGGCCGUCAGUUCAUCCACCCCAACAACACGUUCGCUGGCACACGUCUGGUGCUGGAUACCAUUCUCGACCAGGAUGCUCGCAACUCGAAGGUGUAUGCGAUGGUCCGUGUGCCCGUGGACGCAUCCGCAGGCCAGUGGGAAAAGGCCGCGAAGGUUGUGGUUGGCGACGUAAUGUGUGAUCAGGUGGAUUACCGUGAGCUGUUCUUUGCCCUGUCGUACGAGGGCACCAAUACCAAGUUGAGCAAGGGCGGGCACCUCAGCGUUAAGGAGGUGAAGGCCGCUGGUUCGGUGAUCUAUAACCCCGCCACCAAGCAGUGGGGGCUAAUGCGCAACGUUGCCCCGGGCGAGGUGGAGGUGUGGCUGUCGCCCACUGACCGUGAGGGCGCGUGGCCUGACAACAGCAUUGUGGAGGGGAUUGUCGUUGUGGACGUGCGGUCGUUCGCAUUCAUGCCCGUGUUCUGCAACGCACUAGAAAAUGCUGAGUACACGGCCUGCAUGUACGAGGACAUCGGGGUGUCCAUGUGAGAUGGCGCGCGCGGUUGCAGUAGUGAUGCUAGGCAUGGGGCAGCAGACCUGGGGGCCCCCCUUUGUGCUAGGCAAGCACGAUGCCACUACUGAAUGGUGUAUGGGAGGCAGUGCCUGCUGUGAGAUGCUGUGGCAAGGACGGCCAAGACAAGUCGAAUGGACCGCUCAAGUCUGAGUUGCUUGUUCACCUGCUGUCCUCAGAGACGCAAGAUGUAAACAACUAUGAAC